CCCACUGCCAACUGCUAAGCCCGGCCCUUUUAGCUCUUCCAACUGCUCUGGAUGGAUGCCAGCUGCUCGUUUGGAUGGGUUGGAAUUCACAAUAAACCAGGUCCAGACCAGCACCGGAACCACGAGGAAGUGACGAAGGCAACGGCGACGGAGCAUCUGGAGCAGCAGCAAAAACCCAAAACUAUUUGCACUCAACGGCGGCAACAAAUGUUGCUGCGGUGUUGCCUUGUGCUACUUACGGCUGCCAUUUUAUGGCGAUGUGGAUGUCGAAGCCGAUGUCGGUGUUUUUGCCCCAACACUCAGCAUCCUCGCCAGGAUUCCAAGCCAAAGUAUUCCUCGCCGUGCUGAGCAAAUAUGGAGGCGCCUGGUGAUGUGUUUACAAGUUUGUGAAUUGUUGUCA